GAUCGAACUAUCCGCAGUAAGAUCAGUUUCAGCAUGCUGGCCUGUUCCUACAACGCGCUUUUUGCGCUAGCGUUACUCAAUUCAGUCUUUCCUGGUGAAUCAAUCUUAACAGAGCAAGAGAGGAUUUAUAACAGACUUCAGCCAGCUACAUCCCCAACAAUAAUUUUCGAUUCCAAUGGUGAUAAGUUUGGAUCAAAUCUUGGAUAUUUACAAUCACAAUCUGAAUCGCAAUCGCAAUCUCAAUCGCAAUCCGAAUUAAAUUCACAGUUAGAGUCACAGUCACAAAGCCAAUCGCAAUUACAAAAUCAAAGGGAGGAAUCCAUUAAUAUCCCACAGUUUAUUAUCCCUUACAAACUGGCUCAAAAUGAAAUUCAAUCACAAUCACAAUCCCAAUUCGAGGCGCAGGAUUCGAGGCGAGCUCAGGAAGCACGAGAAAAAUAUUUGAGGCAACAACAGCGCCAGUUACAAUCGCAAGCACAGGCUGAAUAUCUUAGAGACCUCCAGGCGCAGUCCCAAUUACAAUCCCAGAGACAGGCUGACGCUCAGGAUAAUUAUUUGCUACAAAACCAAGCCCAGUCCCAAUCGGAAGCACAGGCUCAAUAUCUGAGAGACCUCCAGGCGCAGUAUCAACCACAAUCCCAGACACACGCUGACGCUAAUGAUAAUUAUUUGCAAGAAAACCAAUAUCUAAGAGGACGUCAAGCGCAGACACAGGCUCAGACUCAGACACAGUAUAUAAAAAAUGCACAAGCACUAGCGUAUGCUCAAUAUAUAAGACAACUGAAGGAGCAGGCUCAAGCUCAAGCCGAGGCUCAAGCUGUAGCCCAAGCCCAAGCUCAAGCUAGAGUUGCAGCUCUGGCACAGGCUCAAGCUCAAGCUCAAGCUCAGGCUAAAGCUCAAGCUGAUGCUCAGGCGCAAGCUCUUGCUCAGGCUCAAGCUCUGGCUCAGGCUCAAGCUCACGCUGAAGCUCAAGCUCGGGCUCGAUACUUAAGACUAGCCCAAGCGGAAGCACUUGCACAAACCAAAGCCCUACAGUUCGAACAAGCCCUAACUCAAGCCCAAGUACAAGCUCAGGCUCAAGCUCAGGCUCAAGCACAGGCUCAAGCACAGGCUCAAGCUCAGGCACAGGCUCAAGCUCAGGCACAGGCACAGGCUCAAGCUCAAGCACAGGCUCAAGCUCAGGCACAGGCUCAGGCUCAGGCUCAGGCUCAAGCUCAAGCACAGGCUCAAUCUCAAGCACAGGCACAGGCUCAAGCACAGGCUCAGGCUCAAGCACAGGCUCAGGCUCAAGCACAGGCACAGGCUCAAGCACAGGCUCAGGCUCAAGCACAGGCUCAGGCUCAAGCACAGGCUCAGGCUCAAGCACAGGCUCAGGCUCAAGCACAGGCCCAAGCACAGGCUCAAGCUCAAGACCAACAAUUCAAAAGGAAUUUGCUUGAAAGACAACCAGCCUUGAUUUUGGUCCAGCCACCAAGGCAAGUAAGACCCGAACUGGUUAUCAUAGAUCCUAACAGCAUUUCGGGUUCACAGAUACAAAAUCAAAAUCAAAAACAGACACAGCGCAAUAUCCAAUCCGAGUCACAAUCUCAGAUUCAAUCCCAAUCCCAGUCACAGUCUAAUCGUCAAACUCGCGAUAGCCGAGGUAAUUUAAUCAUUCUGAAUCCGGAAUCACCAAGGAGACCAGAUAUUCUGAUCCUCAAUCCUAGUUUGGAAGAGCAAUCACAGAGGCAGUUACAAAAGCAAUCACAGUCAAACUUGCAGUCAGAGUCACAGUUGCAGUCCCAGUCCCAGACCCAAUCCCAGUCCCAGAUGGAGCACCUUCAUGACGUAGGUCAAGGUAAACUGAUCUUAGUAAAGCAUGGAAUACCACUCAAACCAAAAAUUUUGAUUCUUGAUCCCAACCAAAAUGUGGGUGCCCAAUCACAGAAGCAAAACCAAAAACAAUCUCAGUCCCAAUCGGAGUCUAAGUCGCAGGCUGAGUCUCAGUCUCAGUCACAGUCACAGUCUAAUCGCCAAACGAAUGUAGGUUUGGGUUCACAAUCACAGAGGCAAAACCAAAAGCAGUCGCAAUUACAGUCUCAAUCAGAGUCCCAAUCACAGUCACAAUCACAGUCCCAAACACAGUUCGAGUCUAAUCGCCAACUUCUUAAUCAGGGUCAAGAAAAUGUAUUAGUUCUGAAGGCUAAAAAUAGAGGCCAGAAGGAAUCGAACUCACAAGCGCAAUCCCAAGCUCAGUCCCAAGCUCAGUCGAAAGGUGCCUCACAAGCUCAGUCACAAGCUCAGUCACAAGCACAGUCACAAUCACUGUUAGAAUCACAAGCGGAAUCGCAAGCGCAAUCUCAAUCACAAUCAGAAACCCAAUAUGGUUCCUACAUUCCAAACAAACAAAGUUUAAGUGAUCAAGAUGAUCUUUUUGGACAAUCAAUGUACCGAUCUUCCAGGGCAAAACAAAGCCAGUCUCAAAGCCAAUCCCAAAGCCAAUCUCAGAGUCAAUACAGCAAGGAUAGUCCCCCGAGGUAUUUUUCGCAGAAGGACAUUGAUGCAGAUUCCAAAUUGAGCACGGUGGACCUGAUAACCAAAUAUGGUUACCCGUCGGAGACCCACUACUCGAACACCCCGGAUGGCUACAAGCUAUGCCUGCAUCGCAUUCCUCGGAAAGGAGGCAAGCCUGUUAUCCUUGUCCACGGUCUGAUGUCCAGCUCAGCAUCCUGGGUGCAAUUCGGACCGUCCAACGGCCUGGCCUACAUUCUCCACCGGAAGGGCUAUGAUGUUUGGAUGCUGAACACCCGAGGCAACAUCUACUCCAGGGAGCACUCGCAGGGUCGCCUGCCGCCGCGGAAGUACUGGGACUUCUCCUUCCACGAGAUCGGAAAGUACGAUCUGCCCUCCACCAUUGACUUUAUCCAGAAGCAGACUAAUGUGCCAAAAGUUCACUAUAUUGGCCACUCCCAAGGCUCCACUGCAUUCUUCGUAAUGUGCAGCGAACAACCCCAAUACGCCGAUAAAGUCCAACUCAUGCAGGCCCUGUCGCCGACGGUAUACAUGCGCGAGAAUCGCAGUCCGGUACUCAAGUUUUUGGGUAUGUUCAAGGGUAAAUUUUCGAUGUUGCUAAAUCUCUUGGGUGGCUAUGAGAUCUCUGCGAAAAACAAACUUAUCAAACAAUUCAAGAGACACAUCUGUGACAAAUCGGAGGUGGGAAAUAGCCUUUGCGCUGUAUUUGACUUUGUUCUCUGUGGCUUCGACUGGAAGAGCUUCAACCAAACCUUGACUCCUAUAGUCGCUGCCCAUGCCUCCCAAGGAGCUUCGGCCAAACAGAUCUAUCACUACGCCCAGCUCCAAGGUGACCUGAACUUCCAACGUUUCGACCAUGGAGAAGUAUUGAACCAAGUGCGCUAUGAGUCCCGAGAGCCACCGACCUACAAUCUGACCCAGGUGCUAAGCAAAGUGGUCAUCCAUCAUGGAGGUGGCGACUGGCUCGGAUCCGAAUCUGAUGUGGCUCACCUGCAGAAACACCUUCCCAAUGUGAUCGAGAGUCGAAAAGUUGAUUAUGAUGGAUUCUCCCAUUUCGAUUUCACUCUUUCUAAGGAUGUGCGCCCAUUGGUUUACGACCAUGUCCUGGGCCAUCUCCAGAAUGUCCACUUGCAUGAGGACUAGGAGUCUUACAGAAGAUUCCUGACACCGACUAACAAUUGAUUCAAUUGUAUUCAUUUCAUUAGAUUCUAGUAAAGUCAGGAAUCGGAAACUAA